UCAACAAAAUUUGGGCCUGUACACUCGUCACUCUACUCCGCCACUCCCCGCCAGGGCUACCACUUCCCGCCGGAGCAUCCUCCCAUGUCUCCUCCGGUCCCUUCCAAAAUCUUAACAGAUGACGUCAGCCUUCUGAUGGUUCUGAUCGACUCUAAUCCUCACUUCUGGAGCUCCAUCAAACCCCAUUUCUCCUUCUCCAAGUUCCUCUCCCACGUAUUGGCAUUCUUGAAUUCAAUUCUACUGCUGAACCAGUUGAAUCAGGUGGUAGUGAUUGCUACCGGAAUCAAUUCUUGUGGUUAUGUUUUUGACUCGUCGUCUGGCUCAGUAAGCCAGAGGGCUGAGAGCUUGUUGCCCAAGUUGGAGGAGUUUGCGGAGAAUGAUGAGUCAUUGAGUGAGAGGGACGAUGACUCGGGAAAUGGGGUUGGAUCCUCACUUCUUUCCGGUUCUCUUUCCAUGGCUCUCUGCUAUAUACAGAGGGUAUUUCGGUCAGGACCUCUUCAUCCACAGCCACGGAUAAUAUGCUUGCAUGGAUCUCCUGAUGGGCCUGGACAAUACGUUGCUAUCAUGAAUUCCAUUUUUUCUGCUCAACGUUCAAUGGUACCGAUUGAUUCAUGUGUUAUAGGAAUCCAGCAUUCUGCUUUUCUUCAGCAGGCUUCUUAUAUAACUGGAGGUGUAUAUCUAAAGCCACAGCAGUUGGAUGGACUUUUCCAGUAUCUGGCGACAGUGUUUGCUACCGAUUUACAUUCUCGGAACUUUUUGCAACUGCCAAAGCCUGUUGGUGUGGAUUUUCGUGCUUCGUGCUUCUGCCACAAAAAUACAAUUGACAUGGGUUUUAUAUGCUCUGUUUGUUUAUCGAUAUUCUGUAAGCAUCAAAAGAAAUGUUCAACCUGCGGGAUGCUCCCAAAUGUCUGUAGGUCAAUUUUUGGUCAGGCGCAAACACGUGAUCCCUCAGCAUCACAGCAAAGGAAGUAGUCUCCAGGAGAUACUCAAAUAUGAACAUAUUCCAGCUUUGCCUUUGGUUUCCUCGUCAUGCGUGAAGUCACACGACACUCGAGAGCUUUUGAUGUUGCAGCCUGAAGUAAAUGACAUUGGCAUCGACAUCAAACUCAGAUUAUGCACUGGAAGCUAUCUUAGAAAUCCAUGGUUGAAAGUUGGGAAGGACGAUCAGCAUCCAUUUUGCAUAUUUAUGCUGAAGCAUUGCUGAACCAAAAUGCGAUGUCGUUGCUCUCAAUAUGUGGUUAUUUAUAUGAUUGAAUUGUCGACUAACACUGACUGCUGGACAAGGCUUGGCGUGUAAAGGUUCUUGGAAUUUCGGUUCUUUAGCAGGACUUUUGAUUGCACUUUCAUUUCAUGUGUUUUCCUGACUUUGAAUGUUGUCAAACAAGAUCCAUGGAAAGUAUGAUGCUAACCAGUGUGGGAUUAUGGCAUCAUUAUCUGAGCUUCUGUAAAUGUGCAAGCCUAGUUAGCUUUUCA